AUGCUGACUGCUUCGGUCUACAGUAAAUAUUACGACCUCCUCGGUGUCAGCCCCGAAGCUGGCGAGGCCGACAUCAAGAAGGCUUACCGGAAAAACGCUUUGAAGCACCACCCGGACAAGGGCGGAGACCCCGAACACUUCAAGGAAUUGACUCACGCUUACGAAGUCCUUGCCGACUCUCAACAACGUUCCAUCUACGACCAGCUUGGUGAGGCCGGUCUCAAGGAGGGUGGCGGUAUGGGCGGUGGCGUGGACCCUCAGGAUCUUUUCAGCCAGUUGUUUGGUGGCGGUGGUGGCUUUUUCGGCGGUGGUGGUGGUGGUCGAGAGCGUGGUCCCCGACGAGGACGAGACCUUGUUCACCGAAUCUCUGUUUCCCUCGAAGAUCUCUACAAGGGAAAGGUCCAGAAGCUUGCUCUUUCCAAAUCCGUCAUCUGCAAGGGCUGUGAUGGCCGAGGCGGCAAGGCGGGUGCUGUCCAGACCUGUACUGGGUGCCAAGGUCGCGGUGUCAAGGUCAUGCUCCGCCAGCUUGGUCCUAUGAUGCAGCAGAUCCAACAACCCUGUGGCGAAUGUGAGGGUACCGGUGAGAUGAUGAACCCCAAGGACAAGUGUAAGACUUGUAACGGCAAGAAGACCAACCAGGAGAGGAAGGUGCUCGAGGUCAACAUCGAUAAGGGUAUGAAGGGCGGUCAACAGAUCAAGUUUGCUGGAGAGAGCGACCAACAGCCUGGCCAGGUUGCUGGUGAUGUCAUCAUCGUGAUUGAGGAGAAGCCUCACCCUCGAUUCGAGAGGAAGGGCGACGACUUGUUCUACAACGCCAACAUCGACCUUCUCACUGCUUUGGCUGGUGGUGACUUUGCUAUCGAGCACCUCGACGACCGUGCUUUGCACGUCACUAUUGUCCCCGGAGAGGUCAUCAAGCCUGAUGCUCUCAAGAUCAUCUCGGGCCAGGGUAUGCCCUCUUACAGACACCACGACCUCGGUGACCUCUAUGUCCGUCUCACCGUCGACUUCCCCAGCACCAUCCCUACCGAAGUCAUGCCCUUGCUCGAGAAGGCUCUUCCCCCCCGAAAGCCCUUGCCCAAGUUUGGCAAGAAGGUGCACGUCGACGAGGUUGUCUUCUCUGAACCCAACGAGAAGCACGCUCGAACAGCUGCUGCCCAAGACGGCGAUGAGGAGAUGGAGGACGAUGAGGAGGGUAGCGGACCCGGUGUGCAGUGUGCUCAGCAGUAA